AUGACUAAAGAUGACAAUGGUGCAUUAGUGGAGACCGGUGUCAACAAAGCUGACGAAAGAAAGAAAGCAAAACAUCAAAAGAAGAAAGAACAGAAAAAGAGACAGAAACAAAAGAAAAUAUCACAACUUCAAGAUCAAUCAAAUAACAAUACCAGCAAUAGUAGUAGUAAUAAUAAUAAUAAUAACAAUAAUCGUAAAAAACAAGAAAAUGGAAAUGGUAUACAUAAAGAUAAUAUAGAAAAUAAUGCAAAUGGUGAUGAUCAUGUAGAUGAAGAUAUGGGAGAACAAGAAGAAGAAUUUUUAAUCGAUGAAAGUGAUCCUACAUUCGAGUUGUAUAAUAAAUUGCUAAAACAUUUCGAUAAUCCUACUGGAUACUCUGAGGAAGACGAACAGCAAAAGGAACAAGAUAAAGCAGAACAAGAAGAAGAACAACAAAAGGAAAUAGCAAUCAAAGAAGAACCAAAAGACAUUGAUGAUAAUGGAGAAUCGGAUGAAGAGGAAAAUGAUAACGACAAACCAUCAAAGAUGUCAAACAGAGAGAGAAAGAGACAACAAAAGUUAAAUCUACCAAUAUUGAAACAAUUGGUAGAUAGACCAGAUAUUGUAGAGUUACAUGAUACUAAUUCACCAAAUCCAUCAUUUUUGAUAUCGAUGAAAUCAACGAGAAACUCAGUGUCAGUACCAACACAUUGGUGUCAAAAGAGAAAGUAUUUACAGGGCAAGCGUGGAUAUGUAAAGCAGCCAUUUGAAUUGCCAGAGUUUAUUGCUGCAACUGGUAUCACAAAGAUCAGAGAAGCACUACUCGAGAAAUCAGCACAACAAAAGACAAAGACAAAACAACGUGAACGUCUACAACCAAAGAUGCGAACUAUGAAUAUCGAUUAUCACGUGCUGAGAGACGCAUUCUUUAUACAUCAGACUAAACCAAAGCUGUGCAUCCAGGGUGAGUUGUACUACGAGGGCAAAGAGUUUGAGGUUUCCAUCAAAAAGACGAAACCCGGUGUGCUCUCUGAAGAUCUGCGUCGUGCACUCGGAAUGGCCGACAACUACCCACCACCAUGGUUGAUUCACAUGCAGACACACGGACCACCUCCAUCCUAUCCCAACCUAAAGGUUCAGGGUGUGAACGCACCUAUCCCCGAAGGCGCACAAUAUGGAUUCCACGCCGGUGGCUGGGGUAAGCCACCUGCCGACCUCCAACAGCAAUACGCCAACGCCAACUCACAUACCAAUGCCAUUAUCGACUCGCUCACUGCACCCGUAGAGAAAGAACACUGGGGUGAGUUGUUGGCUGAAGAGGAAUACGAAGAGGAGCAACAAGAAGACGAAGAGGAUGUCGAUCAACAGGAAGACGAAGAACCAGAGGAAUCUGAUAUCUCUGAGGGUAUCUCAUCAGUUCCAUCUGGAUUGGAAACUCCAGAUACAAUUGAUAUCAAGAAAGGAAGACAACAACAACAAGAUGCAGGUCAACCACGUCAACUCUAUCAAGUUCUAGAUCAAACUUCGAGAACAAUUGGAUCAGGUAUUAUGGAAUCAAAUUAUAAAUAUAAUGUACCCUCUACAAUUAAAACGUCGACAACUACAACCACUCCGGGCAGAGGUAGCAAUAAGGUUGAUAUUAUAAAGAGUCAGAGAUCAGCACCAGUCGACAUUACAUUCAAUCCAUCGGAACUCGAAGAUAUGAAUGAACUCGAUGAAGAUUUACUCAAGAAAAAGUAUGAACAAGCUGUCGCUGCCGAAAAAGGACCACAAAAACCAAAAGAAGAUUUAUCAAAUGUCGCUGAUGAUCAUAAAAAGAGGAAGAUAAGAUCAAACUUACUUGAAAGAACAGCAAAGAACAAUUCUGGAUUAUCAACCAUCAUUUUUAUUUUUACCUUUACAAAAAAGGUAUAUUACAAACAUGUUUCAACUAUUCUUAGAAUUUCAAAAAAGAAUAAGAACGAUAUGAUUCUUAUCAAAUCGAUAUUUCUAAGAAAUAAUAAUUUGCGAAUGCAUUUAAGUCGUGUUUCAUCGGAAUUAAUAAUAUAA